CUGGCUGCUCCUCUACUUUCUCCUCAACUUCGCUUUAAGUUUCUCUCGGGGGGAGCUCGCCUGGACCCGCCACGGAAACUAACCAAACAGCAGGUUAAAGGUGAACCAAGUACUGAAAUGACGACCAUGAAGUUGGCGUUAAUUCGCAGCGCUUGCGGCAGUCUUCGCGCACAUCCAGCCCGUCCAGGAAGCAGAAUCGGCGGCUUGUCCCGGGGAUGUGUGCCGGUCGGUGUCUCCAACGGCCGGUUGAUCCUCCGGACCGCGAGCGCGAGCUCCAGCAGCGGGACCAACACGAAGGCAACCUUCCAGUUUGAGAAGCGGUUCCGGGAUGGAGAAGCGUUUGAGUACGACAUGUCUGUGGGUGAAGUGGUUGAGACCACCAAGGGGGCAAUGUUCGCUCUGCAGAAAAGAAAUCCAACAAUUCAGCCUUCGUUGGCUGUUUUGCAGAUUGGUGAUGACGAAAACGUGUUAGAGAUCAACAAGAAAAUGGCAAGAAAGAUAGGGAUUAACGUCACUCAGAUUCGUUUGCCCAAGCAGUGCACUGAAGAUCAAGUUAUAGAGGAGUUGCUGAAACUCAACGAUGACCAGAGGGUGCAUGGCGUCUACCUCCACCUUCCACCGGCCUUUCUCACCAGUCGAGUGCUCAACACGCUUAAACCGGAAAAGGACGUAGAAGGGAUAUCUGAUGUGAAUGUAGGACGUCUGAUAAGAGGGGACUUCAGCAGAGGUUUUGUGCCGCCUGUUGCCAACGCCGUUUUGGACAUGCUGGUGAAAGACGACGGGCCGGUGGAGGGAAAAAAUGUCUUGCUGGUCGGAGGGAAAAGACCCCUUCAGCUGAUUCUCCAGUGCCUGAUUGAAAAAAGCGGAAUGGCCACUCUGAGAAGUAACAGGAACCGCAACCACCUUCAGAGACAGGUGAUGCAGGCCGACGCUGUUGUCAUGUUAGAUUCCGGAAACAUGGACAUUCCUUCCACCUGGUUGAGACCAAGAGCUGAGAUCAUUUACUGUGCGCCAACUCAGGAGACAGAUGAUGAUGCCAUUGGGUCGUCCUCAAAGUUUCCGUUGGGAUACCUCAUAGCGGCUCACAGAACACAGAACGUGGUGCGUAGCUGCAGUCGCUGGCUUCAGGAUCAGCACUACCGACCCUGGAGGCUGCACCCUCUCAAACUGCAGCCUCUGACCCCCGUCCCAAGUGACUUAGAGAUAUCCAGAGCUCAGGUGGCCAAACCAGUGGAUCAGCUGGCCACGGAAAUCGGUUUGCUUCCAGAAGAGCUUGAGUCUUAUGGCAGGAACAAGGCGAAGGUCCGUCUGUCCCUGUUAGACCGCCUCCACUCACAGCCUGAUGGGAAAUACGUGUUGGUUGCUGGAAUAACUCCGACCCCACUGGGUGAGGGAAAGAGUACGGUGACAGUCGGCCUUGUCCAGGCGCUCUCCGCCCACCUGAAGCUCAAUUCCUUCGCCUGUCUCCGGCAGCCAUCACAGGGACCCACGUUUGGGGUUAAAGGGGGAGCUGCAGGAGGGGGAUAUGCCCAGGUCAUUCCCAUGGAGGAGUUCAACCUUCAUUUGACUGGUGACAUUCAUGCCAUCACAGCGGCCAAUAACUUGGUAGCCGCUGCGAUCGAUGCCAGGAUACUCCAUGAGGCGACACAGUCAGACAAGGCGCUGUUCAAGAGGCUGGUCCCCUCGGUCAAUGGAGUCAGAAAAUUCUCACCCAUCCAGAUCUCCAGGCUCCGUCGUCUUGGCAUCAAUAAAACGGAUCCGGAAAGCCUCACCUCUCAAGAAAUAAGCAACUUUGUACGUCUUGACCUUGACCCUAAGAAGAUCACCUGGCAGAGAGUUGUGGAUACGAACGAUCGUUUCUUGAGGAAGAUCACAAUAGGACAGGCAAGCACUGAGAAAGGACAAAUCCGGGAGACCGGCUUUGACAUCGCGGUGGCCAGUGAGAUCAUGGCCAUCCUGGCGUUGGCGGACAGUCUGGAGGACAUGAAAAACAGGCUGGCGCGCAUGGUGGUGGGGACCAGCCACUCCGGACUGCCGGUCACUGCAGAAGACCUGGGGGUGAGCGGAGCACUGGCGGUAUUAAUGAAAGAUGCCAUCAAGCCCACACUGAUGCAGACCCUUGAGGGUACACCAGUGUUUGUCCACGCUGGGCCCUUCGCCAACAUCGCCCAUGGCAACUCCUCAGUCCUGGCAGACAAGCUGGCUUUGAAGUUGGUCGGACGGGACGGCUUUGUGGUGACUGAAGCAGGCUUCGGAGCCGACAUCGGGAUGGAGAAGUUCUUCAACAUCAAGUGUCGUGCCUCGGGCUUGAGACCCAACGUGGUGGUGCUGGUUGCAACUGUCCGAGCGCUGAAGAUGCACGGGGGCGGCCCACACGUGUCAGCGGGUUCCCCUCUGCCCAGAGAGUACAUCGAUGAGAAUCUGAGUCUGGUUGCAGGUGGAUGCCAAAGCAAUCUUAAAAAACAAAUCCAGAUUGCGCAGCAGUUUGGGGUGCCAGUUGUGGUGGCACUCAAUGUUUUCAAGACAGACACCCAAGCAGAGAUCGACCUGGUUUGUCAGAUAGCCAGAGAGUGCGGAGCGUUCGACGCCCUGCCGUGUAACCACUGGGCCCAGGGCGGACGCGGCUCUGUCGCCUUGGCACAGGCUGUGAAGCAGGCUGCCAGCAAGCCCAGCAACUUCCAGUUCCUGUACCACAGCGAGAUGCCGAUCGUGGAAAAGAUCAGAACAAUAGCCCAGAGAGUGUAUGGAGCUGACGACAUCGAUCUCUCCCUGGAGGCCCAGACCAAGAUAGAUUACUACAAUCAACAGGGUUAUGGCUCAUUGCCCAUCUGCAUGGCAAAGACCCACUUGUCGCUGUCCCACAUGCCCGACAAGAAGGGGGCUCCGACCGGAUUCGUUCUGCCCAUCAGAGAUGUCCGUGCCAGCGUCGGAGCAGGCUUCAUCUACCCGCUUGUGGGAACGAUGAGCACGAUGCCCGGCCUGCCCACCCGGCCCUGCUUCUACGACAUCGACCUUGACCCGGCCACGGAGGAGAUCACUGGACUCUUCUGAGCGCGCUCGCCACAGAUAUUCUCCUGGACUCCCGUUCUGUUCUCAGGAUCCUGGGUUCUCUGUGGGUUCACCUUCAACGGGAAACGAUUUCUUCCUCUUCCCAGCAGCUCAAACACUCCCCGCAUUAGACAAGCAUGUUAUGGAGCAAAGAAAUGAGUCAAGCAUUAGUUUUCUGCUUUACUUACAUGUCUGAAAAGCCAAAAACUGAGGUCCUGCAGCUUUAUCAUAUUUAAAAGUUGUGUUUUUAUAUUUUACUAAACUGCCUAAACUGCCAAUGGAUUGGAGUACUGCUACUUUUUAAAAAUGUUUUAUACUCUUUCAGUUCAAAUGAGGAUAUCUUGUGUAUUUAUUAUUAUAGCUGCUGGUUUACGCACAAAACACAGUGGUAUUCUUCUUAAGCUUGAGUUCACUCUAAAUGUUACAAUAUUUUGAUAAUACUGUUUUUUUUUUUUUUUUAGGUUUCGCAUCAAGUUUUCUGCAUCAUAUAUUUGUGUUUUAGAAAUUGUUACAAUCAAGAUUCUGAGGUCCAAACAGUAUUCACAUUCAUCAGUUCUGCUUUUCAUCCAAAGUCGUUAACCAAGUUUUUAGUGUUUAAUCUGUCGAGUUUUAUCUGUUGGUUCUGUGACGUUUCACUUUAUUCUCACUGACAACAGCUGUUUGUUCCAGCUUUUGCUUGCCAGAUUAAAAGUG